CAUCACUCCAUAAAGGGUCUUCAUCGUGAACCCCGAUAUUUCACUCCAAAAACACAUACAAAACCACCACGAGUUACCCACAAAUACCCCAAUACCCCGCAAAUCAACCCCGGAUUUCAACGUCGCGAGACGCAAUAACACACACACACCCAUCCGCGAAAAUGGUCGCCGAAACCCCCAAGCUGCCGAUGUUGCACGCGAAUAACAGGCAGGAGAUUGGAAUCAUGGUCGGCUUCAUCGCGGUGUUCAUCAUCGUUACAGCGCUUUUCUCCUUCCUCUGGAGCUCUAAGAAUAAGCGUCAUGAUACGUUUGAGGUGGAGCGCCAGAGGGGUCUGAAAGAGAAGGGAUGGGGAAUGCAGGGGUGGGAUAGGGAGGGGAGGGUGAAGAGGGAGGAGAAUGGGAUGGGUGGUGUGUUUGAACAUGCUGAGGAGGUGGAUCGGCCGGGACAACAACAGGAGGCGAAGCCUGAGUAA